AUGAGCAAUAUGGGACAGCCCACUGUGCAUGCUAUUUUCGAGAAGAAUACCUCGACUUGGCAAUACAUUGUCGCUUGUCCAUCCACCAAAGAGGCAGUCAUCAUCGAUCCCGUCCUUGACUUCGACCAGGAAAAACUGACAAUCAGCACGAAGUCUGCGCAAAAGCUCCUAGAGACCGCUAAAUCUAAUAACUACCGUAUUGUCAGACUCCUGGAGACCCACGCUCAUGCCGAUCAUUUGACAGCGUCGCACUACUUGCAGAAGGCACUCAUUGCUGCAGGCCAGGCCCGGCCACCAAUCUGCAUCGGCAAGAGGAUCCGGACUGUUCAAGAGACCUUCGCCAAAAUAUAUAACAUUCCCGAGGAUGAGAUCAGAAACGUCUUUGACCACCUCUUCAGCGACAAUGAAGAAUUCCGCAUCGGUGAACUGACCGUCAAGGUCUUCCAUCUCCCGGGGCACACGCCCGACCAUGUCGGCUACGUGAUUGGUGAGAAUGUCUUCACAGGCGACUCUAUCUUUAACCCGGACGUCGGAAGUGCACGAUGCGAUUUCCCCGGUGGAGAUGCACGUACAUUGUGGAACUCGGUGCAACAGCUUCUUUCCUUGCCGCCACGCUACAAGUUAUACACAGGACAUGACUAUCCGCCUGCAAGCGGGAGUAAUGACCAAUUUGAAGGCAGAGAAGCCAUGCCUUUUGUCACAGUAAAAGAACAGCAAGAGCGCAACAAGCAUGUGAAGGAGGGUACCGAUGAGGAGGAGUUUGUGAAAUGGAGGGCUGAGAGGGAUCAGGGUCUUCGCGAACCAAAACUGUUGCAUCCGGCCUUGCAGGUCAAUGUUCGUGGAGGGCAGCUGCCAAAGAACAGACACAAUGGUGGAGUCUUUUUCAAGUUGUUGGUCAAGGUUCCAGCCGAUCGUUUCAUUCUGGUACCUAGCAAGCCGGUUCCUCAUGUACCUGACAUCGCACCUCUGAGGACACCAGCGCCUUUAGUGUGA